CUCCUCUACGUCACUCCGCACUUAGCGCCACCCGGCAAAGUAUACUUUGCCCUGCGCUCGAGUCCGUUAAAAUUGGGCGUGCUGUCUUCAUUAGCUUAAACUUCGUACUCCGAUUUGUUCGCCGGAGAAAUUGGCUGCCGCCAAUUCUAUGUCGAAGGCGAAGCAAGCUAUCUUAAAUUCCUACUCAGACAAUGUUGUAGAAGAUGAUGAAGACGAAGAAGAAAGCAGUUCUUAUCUAGGGCAAACAGAUGAAGACGACAACGAAAGCGAAGAGGAGGAAGAAGAGCUAGAAAGCCUGGAAGAGGAUUAUGAAGACGAGGAGUCAGAUUCAGAUCAGGAAGGAGACGUUGAAUCCGAUGGGUGUUCUGAUGAGGAUGAUGAUGAGGACGAGGAUGAGUACUACGAGUCCAUUAGCGAUGACGAGAGCAAUGAGGACGAUGGCGACAAAGUUUGUGAUUGGAAAGAGGGUAAACCGACAGAUAAAGAUCAUUGUGACAAAGUUGUCAAUCUUCUUCGCCAAAGAAGCAAAAAAUUGGAUGUACUGAAGUUGGAAGAGUGCAAAGCCUAUUUGAGAAAGCACGAUCUUAUGAUAAGUGGUACAAAAGAGACAUGCAUCCGAAGAAUUAUUGAGCACUGGAGGCUAAAAGAUGGAAAUGGCGUGAGGUUUUAUCCAAAGUCUUCGUUUACCAUCAACUGUACAGGUGAUGUUUGCAAAGGUGAUGUUGUUAUGUUCAAGCAAAGAGUCUAUGAUAAGUUUAACAAAGUUUCAAGAAAUGGAAAAGUUAUAGGAAAGCGAACAAUUGCUGGUAGGGUUGUUAAGGAAAGCUAUGGUAGUGCAAAGCAGCAACACACCUUUACUGUCGAAGUAUUGUGGAGCAAAGGUGUCAAGCCAUUACCAUCGUUGUAUCCUUUGCUUGUGAAGGGGCGCAAUCUCUAUAGGUACAGAACUUUCCGCCAGCGCUGGGCCAAUGAGGCGGAUAGAUCCAAGGUUCUUGAAGAGAAGCACAGAAGGGGAGCCACAGCAAGACAUGUUAGAGCAUCUACUAAAGCUAGAGUCAAUUCAGGUUCCAAGCGCAAGAGAAGUCUCACUGAUUCUAAACAACAUCAAAUCAAACGACAGAAGAAACCUUCAGAGGCUUCUACUUCCGGAAGAAACCAACCAAAAUCUUUCAAUAAUGCCAAAGCUCAUACAAAGUACUCCAACAACAAAAUCAGAGCAAGCUCAUCCUCAGCUAAGCAUUCUAAGAAGCUCAAAACGAUGACAUCUUCAUACACAAAUGCAAGAGAAGUGGAUCAAUAUGCUCUGAGGCCUUCUUCUCCAAACAUUUUUGACAAUUCACACCCAGAUUUACAUCAAAGGAACAAAUUUGCAGCUCCACAAGUAAGCAGAGAGAGGUUUCUUAUACAACCAUAUUCAGCUUAUGCUUCCCAGUUUGAUCAUAGGGGUCAUUUAAGCCAUUAUUAUCCGAAUUCUAUUUCUCCGUUUGAUUCAAGAAGCUCUGGCCAUUUCUUCGCACCUGAUUUUUAUGAUCAAAGGUAUGCAGCUUCUCAGUUCCAGCGAAGUAAUCGGCCUUGGCCAUUGUAGAUAUCUUUCUUGCUUUUGCUUAUGCUACUCUUUAUGGUUCGAGAGCAUUUUGUGCUACAAAAUUGUUGGAAAUGAGGCAUAAUAAGCUUUAUGAAUGACAAUUUAAUGAAGCCUGUAUCAAAGUUCUCAUUGAAUCUAUACGAUUUACUAUGUUUUCUGUAACUCUUUGUGCCACUUCUUCAAAUUUCAAAUAAAUUUCUAACUUCUUUGGC